CUGUUUUCAUCCAAAGUGUCUGCCAUCUUUCUGCUUCGUACAUGCAUCGCUCUCUCUGAGGCUGAGCAGCUGAUAGUGUUCAUGCAUUUGCCGUGUGCAGAUCCGGAAAGCACACAUGCAUGGCCGUCAUUCGUGCAGCAGACGCCAGAGAGAGAGAGAGAGAGAGGGGGAGAGAGAGAGAGAGAGCGCUGCUAACAACAUCACGGUAAUCAAAGGUGAAUCCGGGACAUAGAGGAAACACGCCAAUCUGCUGAUCUCACGUGCAUGGCUUCAACGUUCGGCUCUCGGACUCUCAGUAAACAUGAUGUGAAUUACAGAAUGCAUUUCCGCAUGAUCAACGAACAGCAGGUGGAGGACAUCACCAUCGAGUUCUUCUACAAACCACACACUAUCACCCUGCUGACAUGCACCGUGCUCAGCCUGAUGUACUUCGCGUUUACGCGAGAUGAUGGAAACCAUGACAAUAACCUGUGGGUGGGUCUCAUCCUGGUCAUCUCGUUUUUCUUGAUCAUCAGUGUUCUUGCCUUCCCAAACGGUCCGUUUACAAGACCCCAUCCAGCAAUAUGGCGUAUAGUGUUCGGAUUGAGUGUGCUAUACUUCCUCUUCCUCGUUUUCAUCAUCUUCCUGAACUGGGAGCAGGUGAAGUCUGUCAUGUACUGGCUGGAUCCCAAUCUUCGCUAUGCCAAACGGGAAGCUGACAUCAUGGAGUAUGCGGUGAACUGUCAUGUGAUCACAUGGGAGCGAAUCCUCAGCCACUUUGACAUCUUCGCUUUCAGUCAUUUCUGGGGUUGGGGGAUGAAGGCUCUGCUCAUCCGCAGCUACGGCCUGUGCUGGAGCAUCAGCAUCACCUGGGAGCUCACCGAGUUGUUCUUCAUGCAUCUUCUUCCUAAUUUUGCGGAGUGCUGGUGGGAUCAAGUAAUCCUGGAUAUUUUGUUGUGUAACGGAGGAGGCAUCUGGCUGGGAAUGACUGUCUGCCGUUUCUUAGAGAUGCGCACGUAUCACUGGGCCAGUAUCAAAGACAUCCACAGCACUACGGGCAAGAUCAAACGUGCAGUUUUACAGUUCACGCCUGCCAGCUGGACAUACGUGCGCUGGUUCGACCCCAAGUCUUCCUUGCAGAGGGUGACGGGAGUCUAUCUGUUCAUGAUCAUAUGGCAGCUAACAGAGCUGAACACGUUCUUCCUGAAGCACAUCUUUGUGUUCCCAGCAUGCCACGCUCUCAGCUGGUGCAGAAUUCUGUUCAUCGGUAUCAUCACUGCCCCCACCGUACGGCAGUAUUAUGCAUACCUCACGGACACACAGUGCAAACGGGUCGGGACACAAUGCUGGGUGUUUGGGGCAAUAGCUUUCCUGGAGGCGUUAGCCUGCAUUAAAUUCGGACAAGACUUGUUUUCCAAGACGCAAAUUCUCUAUGUGUUUUUGUGGCUCUUGUGUUUGGCUUCCAUCACAUUCCUGUGUCUAUAUGGGAUGGUCUGGUAUGCUGAAAACUACGGGCCCAGAGAGAAGAGCUUCUCGGAGUGUGAUGACAGUUUUUACUCGGAGCCGGGUGACUCCGUGUCUGAAUGCAAAGGGGAGUUUGAGAUGGACGGCACAACUUACUCUUCUACCAGGAAACGGAGGGACUCGGAACCAUCAUACAGAACCAUCAACGGGGUGGAGAAAUAAGUCCGUCUCUAGAAGGCUUUGAGCGUUUUUCCUCAGACGGGAACGUUUGCACAGGUGUCACUCCUGUUAAUGGAGGGAACAUCAGAUGACUGUGAUUAUGAAUGGUGAGAUUGUCUCAGGUUUAGUUCGAACAUUUCAGAUAUCAGAGCGGUUUGCAACUCUUUGAAUAGGCAAUACUGUGUGUCCAGUGUUUAGAUGGCGAGCUCACUUUACCUGUUGAACUAGAGACUGGUUAACACGUUAGAUCCCGAGCAGUGCUGUGAAUCACCGUGUUCUCCAGUAGCAUGCGUGACUCGG